UAGGAGGCUGUCAGUUGUGGAUUCUAUCGCUGUUUCCCAUUCUCAGCUCCUGGAGUGAAUUAUAUGCAACUGAUACUACCAUGGGAGCAAAUUCCAGUUCAUUUGCGGGCAUAGUCAACAAUCGAGAAGAACCAGAAAAGAGAGAAGAAACUCCAUACAGACUCCUCACAGUUAGAAUACUGAGAGCCAGAAAUAUACAGAAGGCAGACUUACUUACAGAAUCUGAUUGCUAUGUAUCUCUUUUACUACCAACUUCUUCAAGUGAAGUAGUUAAGACAGAAACUGUUCCCAAUUCAAAAAAUCCUGAGUGGAAUCAAGCUUUCACCUAUAGGAUCGACAGCCGUAUAAAGAACACUCUGCACUUGAAGCUCUGUGAUGAAGAUAAAUAUACCAAAGAUGAUCAUCUUUACACAGUUCUAUUUGAUGUUGGAAAACUCCGUACAGGACAAAUGACUCGUGUGAGCUUCAAACUAAAUCCAGAAACGGAAGAAGAGCUGGAUGUUGAAUUCAAAUUGCAAAGCAUCCCAGAUCAUCCUGAAAACAUCAUUACAAAUGGAGUAUUGGUGUCACGCGAAGUUUCACGUCUGGAAGUCAGAGUGGAUAUUGAGAAACUGAAGCAACAAUUCACAAAAGGUGAUUUAAUCCUAACAGUCAAGGGUUCUUUUGAAGAAACACAGAAGAUUUCAUUGGGUCCUGAUUCCAGUCAGAGUAGUAGUAACAUCAUUCAGUUUCACUGUAUCAAAAAUCAUCAGUCAAAUCUGGAGAUCACACUACCUACAAAAAUAUAUUGGUCAAAGCUGGCUUUGUUUGAAGGAAACUCAAGUUGUACUUCUACUGUGAUUCUGCCUUUGACUGAACUUCCUUUACAAGAGAAAAUAAUGCUAGGAGAGAAUGAAUCUUUUGAGCUAUAUGUGAAGACAAAAGAGUGGCCUAAAGAACUAGAUGAGCGCUUAGGGUAUGAUUUGUGUGCAGAAGAACAAGAUUUCCUAAGGAAGAGAAAGAAAUAUGUUGCUGCUGCCCUCAGGAAAACUCUUCAGCUACAAAAAGAACUGAAAGAUGAUGAGGUACCAGUAAUUGCAGUAAUGACAACUGGUGGUGGAACCAGAUCCUUUACAGCAAUGUAUGGAAGCCUUCUGGGUUUGCAGAAACUGAAUCUAUUAGACUGUAUUACAUACCUUACAGGUUUAUCUGGCACAACAUGGACCAUGUGUAAAUUAUAUGAAGAUCCUGACUGGUCACAGAAGUACCUGGAAGAAGCCAUUAACGAAGCCCGAAGACAAGUGACCAAAUCUAAAUUUAGCUGUUUUUCUAUUGAUAAACUGAAGUAUUAUUAUAAUGAGCUUAGUCAAAAAAUCAAAGAAGGACACAGCACUUCCUUUAUAGACCUCUGGGGCCUCAUCAUUGAGUCCAUGUUUCAUGAUGAGAAAGACAAUCACACCCUUUCUGAUCAGCGCAUGGCUGUGAAUGAAGGUCAGAACCCUCUCCCUAUUUAUUUGACAGUCAACCUAAAAGAUAACUACAGUGCUCAAGAUUUUAAAGAAUGGCUAGAAUUCACUCCUUAUGAGGUGGGAAGUAUGAAAUAUGGUGCCUAUAUUCGUUCAGAAGAUUUUGGAAAUGAAUUUUUCAUGGGACGACUCAUGAAGAAGUUCCCAGAAAUUCGGAUCUGCUUCAUGCUAGGUAUGUGGAGCAGCAUCUUUUCUUUGGAUUUAAUCUAUUUCUGGAAUAUAGCUAACGACUCAGAAGAAUUCUGGUAUAAGUGGACAAGAGACAGAAUACACGACAUUGAUGAUUCUCUUCUACCUUCAAAGCCACAUGAGCUGGACACUCAACUACUCACUUACCAAAGUCAGCUUUCCUCUACUAUCCGAAGUGUCUUAACUGGACGCCCAACACUAGCAGAAUAUCCUAAUUUCCUGAGGGGCUUUCAGUUUCAUGAUGAAUACUUGAAGAAUGUCCAUUUUUCUUCGUGGAAAGAUACUGUGCUGGACUCUCAACCUAACCUGCUGAUGGAAACAGCAAACCAACCUUUGUCUCUGGUGGAUACUGGGUUUUUCAUCAAUACAAGCUACCCACCUCUUUUAAAACCAGAAAGAAAAGUGGAUGUUAUACUACAUUUAAAUUAUAGUGGAGGAGCACAGACCUUUAAUCUGGACCAGUUUUCAAAAUAUGCCUCUGAGCUGGGACUCCCAUUCCCCAAGACAGAGAUCAGUGAGGAAGACAAAAACAACCUGAAAGAGUGUUAUGUUUUUGAAGACACAGAAAAUGCAGCUGCUCCUUUGGUGCUAUUUUUCCCCCUGACUAAUGACACUUUCAAAGCAUUUGAAGCACCUGGUGUGGAACGUUUGUCUACUAAUAUGGAAGAGGGCAAUGUGGAUGUCACCAGCUUCUUUUCCCCAUUUGGUACAAGAGAGGUGAGCUUCUCAGAGGACAAUUUUGACAAACUGGUGAAAUUAACAGAAUACAACAUCCUCAACAAUGAAAACAAGAUCAUUGAAGCCUUUCAUGCCGCAGUGCAGAGGAAAAAAUAUCAGAAGAACCGGAAGUAAUAGAUAUCAGUAAUACAAGCUGUGGUGCUAAACACAGUUCCAUGAUAUUAACCCCUAUUAAUUUAGGAGUAAAUAUAGUGUCUAAUAUAUGUUAAUAUGUUAAUGGUUGUAACUGGUAGCCUUCUA